CUUGGAGGGGUGAGUUAAUUCAUUGACAAUUCCCACAGUCAGUUAGAGAGGAGAGCGGCAGGAAAUUUAUUCCAGUAACUAGCAACGAGCAACGAGCAACCUUCCAACUAAAACCGCAAACACUACAGCUACACUAGCCACUAGCGUAGAUGCAUUUUCAUCACGCAUGACACCUGUUGCUCUUCUCCAAAUUAAUUUAAAAUUAAUUAAAUAAUUGUAAUUAUUAAUGGCGGGAUCCUUGGAGAUAAAAAUCCUGCUGUCGAGGCACAAGUCCUCGCUGCUGCAAGAGUUAAAUUCGACAGAUCUGCUGAGUGUGCUAGUGAAACGCGGAGUUAUUACUGACGUUGACAAGGACGCGGUUGCCGGGAACCCAGAGCAGACCGUCAACGCGGACAUCGAUCUAUUUAUCGACAUCAUCGGUGCUAAGGGCUUUGAUGCCUUCAGGGAAUUUUGCUUCGCUCUUGAGGCCGAGUGUCCUCAUGUCUUGACUGACCUCCUGGUGGAUCAGCACAGCGUCACUGGUGAGUAUCAACCAAAUGAAAACAAGGAACCAAAAGAAGAAACAAAGAACGAGGAAAAAGAUAGCAGGGAAAAUUCAUUAGUUAUCGUUGAAGACGAAGAUACCAAAAAUCCGGAUAUUAUUUACGACGAUGAAGAUAGUUCUAAAGAUUGCCUGGAUGGAGACCCCGAGAGGUGGAGCGGCCCCGAGGAGAUCCUAGAUGAGCCUGUCGACGAACCGGUCGGUGACAGAGGAUGGGAAGUCCACCACGUGACAGUAACCCGAGUGCCAGGUUACGGUUUUGGAAUCGCAGUAUCAGGGGGCCGUGACAACCCCCACUUUACAAACGGCGACCCCGCGAUUGCAAUAUCCGACGUCUUAAAAGCCGGACCAGCUGAAGGAAAGCUCCAAGUAAACGACCGAAUAAUUUCCGCUAACGGAGUUUCAUUAGAAGGCGCAGAUUACGGCGCUGCUGUAAGAGUGCUCCGCGACUCCGGAUCUACAGUCCUGCUGGUGGUAAAGCGACGAGCCGUGACCUCAAUGGCGCCACCAGCGCAGCCCCAAACUCACCGGCUGACCUUAACCAGGAACAACAAGAAAGACGACUUUGGAUUAGUCCUUGGCUGCAGGCUCUACGUCAAGGAAGUCACCCGAGAAAAUGGCGCGAAGCCUGGAGACCUUUUGACGAGAAUCGGCGGGGUUGCUGCGGAUAACAUGAGCCUGAAGGAAGCCAAGAAGAUAAUGGACUCUUGCAAAGACAGGCUGUCUGUUGUGGUCACUCGAGAACCUGGAGCGUCUUCUUCAUCAGCUGCUGCGGCGAAUUAUUCCACAGCUAAAGAAGCUGGGGAGUAUUUAUCCGGGGCGAGUUACAGCAGCCAGAACUUGUACGUCCCGCCACCUACAAGGCAGCCGGAGGACAAGAGCAACCUCGCUCCUAGAGGCGGAAGGUCCAGAGGACCUCUAAUGGACGUCUCACUGAGCCAAUUGGACCUUCCAGCGACUCCUACAGUGGAUCCGCCAAGACCUCCUCCUCCAAGGCCUGAAGACUACUACUCCUCCCGCCGGCAGCUCUACGAGGAAGAGCAGCUGCGUGUCAGCUCCAAACAGCAGCCAGUGCCCGACCCUAGGUUCAUAACCUUCCAAAAGGAAGGAUCUGUUGGAGUUAGACUCAGUGGAGGAAAUGAAACCGGAGUUUUUGUGACUGCUGUCCAACCUGGAUCUCCAGCUUCCUUGCAAGGGCUUCAACCUGGCGACAAGAUCCUUAAAGUCAACGACAUGGACAUGAAAGGAGUCACCAGGGAGGAAGCUGUCCUCUUCUUGCUCAGCCUCCAGGAGCAGAUUGAUUUGAUAGUCCAGCAUCGUCGCCAGGAGUAUGAUCAGAUAGUAAACUCUGGAAGAGGAGACUCGUUCCAUAUUAAGACACACUUCCACUACGAGCAGCCGGACAAAGGUGAGAUGAGCUUCAGAAGUGGAGACGUCUUCCACGUGAUCGAUACUCUCCAUAACGGCGUGGUUGGAGCUUGGCAGGUCUUCAGGAUUGGCAGGAACAACCAGGAGGUCCAGAAGGGAAUCAUCCCGAACAAAGCUAGGGCUGAAGAACUUGCUACUGCGCAGUUCAAUGCGACUAAAAAGGAACUGAGUUCUAGUAGUGAGAGCCGUGGAAGCUUCUUCAGGAGAAGACGAGGGAGUCAUAGAAGGUCUAAGUCUCUUGGGAGGGAUCACUGGGAUGAUGUUGUCUUUGCUGAUAGCAUCAGCAAGUUCCCUGCUUAUGAAAGAGUUGUGCUAAGACAUCCUGGGUUCAUUAGGCCUGUGGUACUCUUUGGACCUGUUGCGGAUCUUGCUAGGGAGAAGUUGUUGAAGGAUUUUCCGGAUAAGUUUACUUCCCCGCAGAUGGAAAAUCAGUUAGAAGACUCUGCCAAGGGGAAGACUAAUGGGAUUAUUAGGUUGAGUGCCAUUCGUGAGGUUAUGGAACGAAGUAAACAUGCUCUGUUGGAUAUCACUCCCAAUGCUGUUGAUAGGCUCAAUUAUGCCCAGUUUUAUCCGAUUGUUAUAUUUUUGAAGGCUGAGAAUAAACAAGUUAUCAAGGAGAUGAGGGCUGGGAUUCCCAAGUCAGCCCACAAAAGCAGCAAAAAAUUAUUGGAACAGUGCCAGAAACUGGACAAAAUCUGGGGCCAUACCUUCAGCGCAGUGAUAACGCUGACCACACCUGAGGCUUGGUAUCGUAAACUCCGUGAGUUAAUUGACCGACAACAGCAAGGACCUCUGUGGAUGAGUCAGACCAAGCCGGAAGAAGCACUCUCAGAUGAUUUCCUAUUCCCGAUGACAUCUCGCCUCUCCUACGCAUCCUCUCCGGAAAGCGACCUGGAACUAAACACGAAUGUUCCGCUCUUAUCGGGGCAACUUGGUCCCCCUACGCGUCUUAAGAGUAGCUCCGAUCCGAGCAUUGCUACGCAAGAUGACACUGCUGCGCCUCCACCAUACACUUCUAGUUACCAGGCGUUUGAGCAACACAAACGAGCAGUUCCAGACAACAAAUACGGAUUUUCUCCCUCAGGAGAACCCAACUUACCAUCAUACACUCCAGGAGUUCCAUCAGCGAGAUCUCCCCACCACGGGCCUCCAGAUUUGCCGCCACGAGUCGACAGGAACGCGAAACCUCCCGGCCGCGGUACUCUCGGUCGUUCUGCAGUGGACAGACUGGUCAAUAAAACAGACUCUGUGCUGGACAUGCGGAACUAUAUCAACGCGACUCCUCAUCGUGCUAACGCAACUUCUUCUUUGGAACGUUCUCAACCCAAGCCGGUUGCUGGAAGUUAUGAUAGUAUGUCUUCAUACGACUCAUACAAUACAAACGGCAACCAGGUGUACAACGUAGGCCCAAAUUUGAACACUUCAACUGGUCGACUGGGCCCUAAUGUUCCUGAUGAUCUCAAGACUGGUAACAUUCCCCAGAGAGCUCACGAUCCUUAUCGGUUUACAAGGUCUACUGCGCAGCCGACGGGCAGCCAAGAAAAUCGCGGGGACUACGCUAAGUACAGUCGCCCGGAACACAAAGUGAUACCGACAACGCCCUCUAAGGGCAACAGCAACACUGGAACUUACAAGCCAGUGCCGCCACCUAAGCCCAAGAACUACCGGCCGCCUGUCCAGAGCACUGUUCCGGACGAGAACAAUCCCGGAAAUUUGUACCAGCACGCCAAGAAUUACUCACUAACGCCCUCUCACGUUCACAAUGGGAUUGAGAACAACGGGAACCACAGGAACAGCGGACAAUACUACUACAACAUCCCCCCACCAAACCGCGGACAGGACGGGAACUUCCUUAUCAACACGAACAACCAUAACCACUCUCACAGUUUAAGUCACUCCCACUCCCACUCCAACCCCCCGGUGGCCAGCCACGCUCACAGCAACUCAGCUGGCCAGCUGACCCUCAACCACAGCCACAGCAGGAGCAAUGUUAAUAAUGCUAAUAAUGUUAGCAAUAAUAGUAAUAAUAAUGUUAACAAUGCUGUUAAUGGGCAUGCGCAUAAUGGUGGACACAACCGCGAGCCGAGUGGGUUAGAUUUGGCGGGCAGUCGCGAGCAACGUGGCAGCGCUUUUGAACUCUACCGGAAGCCGCCAAUUCAUCAUAAUGUCAGGACUUCAGGAAUUACGAAGGGAUUGUUUAAUAACGAGGGAGGUAUCUUGCGAGGGCCAGGAGAUGUUGUUAUGACAAUACCUCCUGGUGCUAUACCAACGAUUAACCACCAGGAAAUAUAUUUCGCCGUAGUUCCGCCUGUUAAUAACACUAUUAAUAAUAACCAAAAUGACAUUUAUUACGAUUUUGAUAAUCUUGAUAUUAAUGACAUUAACAUUAAACAACGUGGAUCUAUUUCACCGCCGGUUAAUAAGGGUGAGUCGCUAAUGAGCCCGUUGAUCGAGUGUGGUCCUCGCGGGAUGAAGUUCAACAAACCAAUCGAGCUGCGCAUCCCUCACAACGGAACCCCCAAGCAUAAGCUGAUCCUGAAGACCGCGAAUAACGAGGACCUGGACAACAGUUGGUCGGACAUAAAACUUCCCAAAGCGAGUGGUGAAUAUAUUUUCGUGAAACUAGAUCAUUUUUAGUAGCAUGAUCAAUAUAAGGACCAAUCAAUAAUUUUGUAAAAUGAGUACCUGUAAAAAAUUACAAUUUAUUUUAUUUAUCCUAAAUUUUUUUUAACAAUUUAUAAUUAAUUAUACAAUUUUAAUUUUAAAUAAUGAAGGUACUCAUUAUACUUUUCGACGCAUGCUAUUUGUUAGGAGAUUCGACAAUUGUCACAAAAUUAAUCAAAAAUUAGAACAAAUUACUAUUUACAAAAUAAUUAAUUAAAGUGCCCUUAAAAAUUAAUAAUUAAAUGCAAUUAUAAUUAAUCGAUCAAAUUAGGCGUAAUGUGAUGGUGCCAUGGUACCGUUUAAAAAUAAAAACUACGCCAGAAUUUUAUUCUCUGUGAGAGUAAAAACUCUGCGAAUUAUUUAAUAAAUAUAUAUAUUAAUAUUAAUAAAAUGUAUAUACUCAUAUAUAUAUAUAAAAAAAAAAUAUUAAUGAUAUCUAAUGCAUUUAUCUGGUACAAGGAGAGCAAGGCUGACCUACCAAAUCUGAAUCAAUGAUAUUGAUAAAUAAUAAACAGAUAACUAGACUCAUUCUUUCUGAAAUCGAAUCUUGCUCGCACAUUAUUAUUAUUGAUAAUAUAACUGCAUAAUCUCAUUAGGAUUAAGAGGAAUUAACUGAAAUAUAUUGAUAAUUAUAUUAAUUGAUGAACUGUUUAUUAAAUAGAUAUGUUGUAUAAUAAAUUUUUAUUAUAAAU